AUGGUCGGCCGAGACGAUGCUUGCCGCAUCUGCUUCACGGCUGUGACGGCAGGGUUCGACAUCGAUUGGAUUGAGGCAAUGGAGCGCUACAACUCCAACGACAAAGCCAACAAAGGGUUUGUGAGAGACGUCGACAGGAGCUGUGAGAGACUGGCCCGGCUUGACGCCGACGAAGAGUUGGAGUAUUUCGAUCCGCCAUCCUCGGUGAAGGCAGUGCAGUCGAUCUCUGAGUCGAUGACGGUUGAAUGCUUGUUCCUCACCGAGAACCAACUAGUGAAGUUGAUUGGUGCGACUUCGAAUGCUUUGAAGCUCGACAAGGUCAACCGGUUGAGUGAGUGUGGUCGGCGAGUAGUCGCCGGCUUCUAUGUUCGCUUUGACGACCUCCCGGAGGACAUCAGAGAGAGGGACCUUCUCGGGCUUCGGCGAAUCAAGUGGGAGCUCAAGUUCCAUGCGCAGCACGAGAAGGAGAUCCUGCAACCGAGCCGACAGCUACGUUUGGCCCAAGGGGCUGAUGUGCUGCCAGGAGUGGCCGCAAGGAUGCCGGACCGAUCCGCCUCCAAUCCUUUGGAGCUUCUGGCAAGUAUGCCGACCAUGACUGCCUUGCGCAGGAAGGCUUUCGAUCUUGAGGAGAAGCGCAAGAAGAAGGAUGAGGAGCUUGCCGCCAAGCUCGAGCUCGAGGUUGAUGAUGCCAAUGCUGUCGAGAUCCAAGAGGAGGAGGACGAGCCGCGGAUGAAGGGAAGUUUGUCGUCCGGGCUGGGAACGACUACCGUCGACAAAGAAGCAGGCGUUGCCACCAGGAAGAGGAAGAAGCAACAGUCGCAGGAAGAAAUCAAGACUGCCUUCAACCACGAUCCCGAGCUUUGCAAGGUGGCCCUCAAACUUGGCUUUGUUCCGGAGAGUCUGACCAACCUCACCGUUGGCCGGGCUCUAGAAGGUGCCAAGAUGGGCAACCAAUGCACCGGCGCCACGCGUCUGCUGGAGAAGUUGGGGGACACGUCGAAAGAAGGCCGCAGCCUUUCCCGGAGAAUUGCAGCUGUGCAAGCAGCACAGCUUUUGGCAGGGACUGGCGAUCUUCUGAGCUUGCCCUCCCAGGACAGGGUGUCCAAGUAUGCACUGAUUGCCGCCACCGGCUCCACCGUGCCUCUGUCGAUCAAGCUGAAGGUCACAGUUGCAGAAGUUUCCGAGGCUAUGAAGGGUUGCGUGGCACUGACAGAUGGUGCCGCUGUCAGUGCGAAGCUGCAAGCCAUUGUCUCGAUGCUCAUUCUUUGCAAGGGCACUUUGGACGAUGAGUGGAGCUUCAUGAAGCCCAGCUUCGCACACGUCGUGAGCGAAGCGAUGCAGCUGGCAGGAGAUGAUGAGCGUCGGAGCCGGGAAGCUCGAGACUUGGGUACUGCGAAGGGGAAUGAGCAGGCAACGGAAGUGGAAGCUGAGAUCGAGAGUCGCUGGGAGGCAGUGGCAGCUGGAUGGGUGGAUGCCUUCGCCAACGACACGCUGCUGGGAUUGAUCCCUGCGACGGCCACAUCCAGCUACUCACGACUCUUGGAUGUGUGCUCUUCCAUGCUGACAGCCCUCAAUGUGCAGGUGCCCUGCAUCCCGGAGGACUUUCCAAGUGUGAUGCAGGGCAGCAUUGACCGAGUCACAGCUUUCUGCAAAUGCAUUUGCUGCUUGGCUGCUCCACUCCCGAAUUACAUGGACUGCACUUUCCGCGAUGCUUUCGUGCUGUCCAAGUAUGAGGGCACCGACUACAUGGAGGCCGAGAUCAAGACUGCGAUUGGCAAGAAGGGUUCCUUCUGGCAGGAGGCAUUCGAUGCAGAGCAGCGUGCAAGCUCGGCAGUCAAGGAGUUUGCCCCAGUCAUGCGGCAGUAUGUGGCAGACAUGGACAAGAUCGUCCAGGAUGCCAAGGGCGAGGAGUCUGCCCCCAUGGAUUGUGCUCAAGCUUGCAAGCUAGUCCUUGAGGUGUUGGGCAAAAGGCAUCACAUGGCGGGCAACCUCCGCAAGGGUGCUCUUCAAGAGCUGGAUUCCAUGCUCCAGGGUUUGAUUCCUUUGCUCCUGGAGGCGAUUGAAAAAGAAAACGACCUGAAGUCGAUCGCGGGCAUGAAGGUCGAAGAUUUCCUCAACCUGGCUUCGAAAGUCCCAGCCGUGGGGAAGCCGGUGAACGGCUACGCGGAAGCCCUGGACAAGUUUGCGAUGUGGCAGGCGACAAAUCAGACAGCUUUGCAGAGUGCAAGGUUGAAGGAGUUGUGCCAAUCAGCCACGGAUGCCGAGGCCGGCGCAUUUGAUGUUUCGCUUGCUUGGGGAGUGCUCCAAUCCGUGGAUCUUGACGGCGAGGAGGCCGCAGGCAUCAACCUUCAGCCCCUUCUGUUGGCCACUCUGAAGACAGUGCAGCUCAAGGCCCAUGCCGUAGUGGAGUCUGGAUGCUCCAGUGGCAGGGCCAGCUUGGCGUCAGAUGCUCGGAAGGAUGCCGCAACCGCCAAAGCGAUCUUCCAGAAAGUCCCGAUGGCAGAGUCUGCCAGGAAGUGGCUGUUGGGGCAGGCCCACUUGCUGGAAGAUUGCUUAUCCCUCGCCCAGGGAUGCAGGAGAUACCAUGAAAUCGGCCGUGACGCCAAAGACAGGGAUGCAAAGGACAGCGAGCGGCUGUCUUUGGAUGGUGUCCUGAAGAUAGUGGCUUCCCUUCGCAUCAGAGUGGCCAAGAUUCAGAAGGAGAACGACUCCUUGGCAGCCCUGGCAGCAAAGAAGUCCGGCGCUGUCUUCGCGGAUGAGGCUGAGGCUGGAAAAGAGGAUGCUGCGGAAGCUCCCCCAACCGCAGUGGAGGUGCUUCUUGCUCUCGAGCACUCCUGCUGCGACAUGGCCCGGUCCGUGAUGGAUAAUCCGCACGCUGCGAUCAAGGAAGGAUUGCACUUCCUGAUCUCUAAGCAGCUGGAGACGUGCAGGGCCCACGUGGGGGAGGCCCGGAAGCUGCUUUGCCAAGCCAAGGAAGACAAGGACAAGGACAAGGACCAGGGUCACAAGGAGAAACCGUGGCCAGCGGUUGCAGGGUGGAAGGACAAGCUCCCGGAGAGCCCCUCGCUUGACCAGGUCAUGGACGUGGCCGCCAGUGCUUUCGGCUCUGUGAAUGGAUCGGCCUUGCGGGACAAGAUCUUGGACGUGGAGAAGGCCCUCCAGGGCAUGAAGACCGUGCACGCCAGGUAUGGCCCUCACCUGAAGCACUUCGGCAUGCAAGACGAGUUGAUGGCAUUGACGACCGGCGACUACAUGGCCUUGUCAGAGGAUGGCAAGGUGCUGGCUGCUUUGGGUGCCGAAGCCUUGUUGUGGUACGCGAUCCAGCACACCAACCAGGGCAUUGCGAAGUCCAUUCUUGCAGAAGUAACAGGACGCAUUUCAGGUGACUUCGUCGAGGAAACGCGUGUGGAGAAGAUCCUGUUGGCUGAGGGCCGACGGAUCCUGGGCUAG